CGCUCUAGACUAUGCGAAAGGCACUUAUCACCUAAACUGUGGCUCUUUAUAAAACUGUUAACGGAUAAAGCACACUGUGAAUACUACAAAGACUACAUCCGCUGACAUGUACGGGAAUAUUGAUUAUCCGCCUCCAGAGGGGAGCCCAAAACUGCCUAUGAAGAAGAGAAAACCAUCAGAGGAAAGUAAUAUCUACCUUCAAGAUGACAGCAUAUAUGAACCAGUGGGAAACAGCAGGGAGCAGCCCAAGUUGCCCUGGAAAGAAGUAGUAAAAAAAGGGAGGUGUUCGAGAAAGAAGGUUUUAUUUGUUAUUCUCUCCAUUGGUGUGGUGCUGCUGAUCCUGAUUCUCUGCGCUAUGGGAUUAGGUGUAGCCAAGUAUUUUAGAAUGGCUGCUGAAAUGGUUUGUCUAAAAAAGGAACAACAGGCUGCAGCAUCGAUGGGCUCCUUUCUUAUAUAUAAUGAGGCGCACGGGAAAUGUGCAGAGGUCCACUCCUUCCCACAAUUCCAUCUUGGAAUCACGGCUAACAUUUGCUCCCCUCUGUCUCGCUCUCAGCUCUUCCACUGGUUCCCCGGAUCCCGACUUUUUAACCUUAGGGAGGGACUAUGUCUUGGGGUGAGUGGGACUCCUCAGGCCCGUAUGGCCGUGAGGCUAUUUCCUUGUGACUCAGCCCAAGCUCUGAGCUGGGUUUGUACCAACAGCACACUCCUGGGAGUAAAGGGCCACCAGCUUUACUUCAACUAUGGAAACAACCCGCAGGGGAUACUCAUGCUGUAUGGAGGGACUGGGACAUGGAGUCGCUGGAAGUCCCGUGGUAUCGAUGGAGCAUUGCAGGAAGGAGGAGCUUGCAUCCAGACCUGCGAGGAGCCUUAGUGCUCACAGAAUAUGACCCCAGAACUGAAAAGUGAAUUGUCGAUCCCACCAAAGACUAUAUUUUGUAAGGGGACAUCGUAACAAGGUUCAGUUUUGCAUGUGUAUGAUAUUAUGACGAUUUAAUUUUUUCUCAUGAAUUAGGGGGAAAUGUUUUUUUUUUUUAAGAGCAAAUUUUACUUUGUUAAACAAUAAACCAUGUUAUUGGAUAUUUUUUUCGCAUGUAUUAAUUUCAGGGGAUGGACAGAAUAGAUCCAUGCACAUGCUCCACACUGGAACACCGCAGGAGCGGGGAUUCUGAGAUGCGGAAGUUGGUUUCUUACCUGCCCAGCGUCUUAUUCACCGAUACUGGCUUCUUAUUUGGCCAGCUCU